AAAAUACUUUCCCUUGAAAAAGAAAAACACAAUCUUCUUCUUGAAGAGAAGGAGAAAGAAAUCCAGAACCUGAAAGACAAGCUUAGGUCCCAAACUAAGAAUAGUGAAAUGUCCUUACUGCAAAAUCAACUAGAGGAAAAAAGAAAGGAAGCAGAAAGGAGAGAACAGUUACUUCGUUCUCUGACAGAAGAAACGAACAAGUUAAAAUGUAAUUUUUCUGCUGUUACUGCAGAAUGUUAUGACCUGGAGGACAGUACUUCUCAGGCAUCCCAGGAAGCUGUAGCAAACAGCACUGGAUCUCCAGCUCAUCUCUCUGAAGUUGAAAGAGAGUUGAAGGAUGCCCUUGAGAAAAACCAGCAGUGGCUGCUGUACGACCAGCAACGUGAAGCCUAUGUCAGGGGCUUGCUUGGAAGGAUCUUUGAACUUGAACAGAAGUUAGAGAGAGUUGGCCAACAAGAAUCUAAAGAAUCAAAUUCAGAAGGUCAUCUACAAGAGGAAAAGCAAAAAUACUAUGACCAGCUGUUACUGACUGCCAAGAGUGAUCUUGAGACUGAACGAUGCACUACAAUCCAGCUAAGAUCUGAACUUGAAAAAAUCAAAAAGUCAUAUGAAGAAACACAGGGAGAAGUAGUGAGGUUAAAUGCCUUAGUGCAGUCACUAGGAGUUGCUGAGAUGAAGACCCUGGAAAAUGAAAAUCGAAUGAAAGAGAAAGCACAGAGGCUGAACCAAGAAAAUGAAACUAUCAGAGAACAGCUCAGAGAAGAAAAAAAGAAGUCUGAAGAUCUUUUAUGUCAGGUGCAACUUCUUCAUAAGUCAUUGCUCAGACAGGAGGAGGAGCACUCUCGAAUAGCUCUGUUGGAACAACAGAUCCAGAUGUACACAACAGACCUAGAGAAUGGAGAGCUUGUUCGCCAGAACUUGGAGUAUCAGUUGAACAAAGUCCUCAAGGAACUGCACAAGGCCAGGGAGCAAAUAACCCGUCUGGAACCUCUGAAACUCCGGGAAUCUGGGCAUAGGGAACCACAAGAAGAUCUGCAAGCUGUGUUUGAAGACAUGACCAUGUAUGACACAAGUCCUUUCCGCAAACAUUCAAGCCUCCUUGAUGAAAGCUUUCUCGAGUGUCCCAAAUGCAAAGUGUCUUAUCCCACAAGCCAGCACAGAGAAUUACUAGCACAUAUUGACUUUUGUACAGCUUGA